AUGACGGAUCAGGCCCAGUCAGAGAUACUUGAGAAUAAUCCUAUUGGGAAAGGCCUUGAUGCCUUUCGCACCUCUUUCAAUUCAAUUUGUGAAGACCGAAACAUUUCCUGCACUCCGGACGCGCUCGGUCAACUUGCGCAAGAAGAUAUCCAGAAUCUCACUCUCGAUCUCCUCUUCGCUCUACGAAAUCUCCCUGUCAUUCGUCUCCUACAGUCAAAGACAAGUGAUGGCACCCUUCGCAAUGAUCUCCUGAAACUCAUUUCCGUCGUCAGCUCCGACAACUUCCACUUCGACCGUAUUCAACCUCUUUUGACUGCAGCCCUCACCCACAAUCGGGACGAUGCACUCCUGUGGGAUCAAGUCUAUCACACCGUCAUCGAAUCGCUCACCAGCCCGAAACAAUUAACGCCACCGACCGCCUUCGAGAAAGCCGUUUUCGACACGCCACUUCGAUCCAGCUCGGCUUCUCAGAGGGGGAUUGAGCAGACACACGAUGAGGUUGACCGGCGGAUACUUGAGGAACUCACUGGGCGCGUCUACUACGAUGUUGGAGGGUUCUACGAGCGAUACUUCGAAGAGAAGUCCUGGACGAACAACGCGAGGGAUAUGUACGAAGGGUCAAGAGCCCAGUAUACAGAGGGACGCUGGAACGAGUGGCCAGAGCCUUCACUUCAAGGUCCAUUCUUUGAGUGGUUCAUAAAGUUCCAGGACGCUGUUCUCAGCGGACUUCGCCACAGAUACUACACAUCAGCGAACAAAGUGUUGAGGGGCUCGGAGGCUGAUCGCAAGCUUGACAUUUUCCUCACCCCCGCCAACGCUACCUUACCGAACGGCGAGCACGACUGGUCUAAUGUACUUGUUAUUGGAGAACACAAACAGAAUCCUGAUGAGGAUCGAUCUGCAAAAACACUGGUGCAGUUGGCAGGGUAUGCACGCGAAGUGUUUGGAAGUCAACCGGAGCGGCGAUUCGUGCCUGGGUUUACGAUCUGCGGAAGCAUGAUGCGGCUCUGGGUAUUUGACAGAUCUGGACCGUAUAACUCCGAGAAGUUCGACAUUCACAAAGAGCCAGAGCGAUUUGUCAAGGUCCUUGCCGGCUACGCGAUGAUGUCCGAUGCAGAAUUGGGUUUGAACACGUUCAUCAAGCGUGAUGGCAACGGCAAGUACAUCGUCACACGAGAUGUGAGGAUCUCUUUGGAGGACAAGCCAAUCGCCUCGACAAAAGCGAUAGUGUGCCGGGGAACAACGUGUUAUCGAGGAAGGAGACCCGGCACAACGGACUGGGAGUACGUUGUGAAGUUCGCUUGGCCGUCUGACAAAAGGCAGCGGGAGGGAGAACUGUUGAAGUUGGCAAAGGAGAAAGGAGUCACGGGCAUUGCUGUGUGGUUCAAUCAUGAGCAGAUUACUAUCGACGGCGACCCGGACACCAUCUCACAUUUGCGACGAGCCAUGAAAUUUGGGUCGCCACGGAGGCCGUCGAAGAAAGCUUUUUGGGUCGAUAGUAGUCCAGAAUCCAGCCGUGCGUUCUCGAAAACAAGCCUCAAGGGAAGGUCAGGGAGCAGUGUGGCUCACUUGGUUGGCCUAGGAAUUGGUGCAGGUAGCGCCACAACUUCUUCCUCUGGGCAGAAAAGAAAAAGAGAUGAAAGACUUGAUGGGGGUAGCAGACUGAAGAGGUCCAAAUCCGACGGUAGUCAUGCCAGCGCGACAAAUGUGCACAAAGAAGACCAGCUAGACGCAAUCGGCGCUCCUAGUAUUCAAGAAACAGUGGUUGACAGUCUGGCAAACUGCCGGAAUGAGUGGCAGCGGAAUAAUGUCGAUAGUAUUCAAGAAGCCGGAGCCGACAGUCUGACAGACUGCGAAAGUGAGACGUACGGUAACCGAGUGAACUACUGCUUGGUAACUUCACCAGCUGGACGACCUCUCCAUGAAUAUCAAUCGGUCAGAGAACUUUUGGAGGCGCUGCGCGAUGCUGUCCGAGGUCAUAGGUCACUGCUCGAGGAUGGAAAGAUUCUUCAUCGGGAUGUCUCCGAAAAUAAUAUCAUCAUCACCGAACUCCCUGCCGAAGAAGCCCCCAAAGGAAGACUAAUUGACUUGGACUUGGCAAAGGAGCUGGACAGCGUGCCGAGUGGGGCUCGUCACCGGACUGGCACUAUGCAAUUCAUGGCGAUUGAGGUUCUUGAAGGCAAAGGUCACACAUAUCGGCACGAUCUCGAGUCAUUUUUUUACGUCUUUGUAUGGAUGUGCAUUCGAUAUGGCUAUGAAGGUACGGGCAGGCAAAAACCCAACAAGCCGAUGAAACCGAAGAUAAAUAUACUGCGAGGCUGGUAUACUGGGAUGUAUACAGAAAUUGCCAAUACCAAGCAGGGCCACAUGGACAAAAACAGAUUUGAGAACAUCAUCGUGGAGUUUGCGCCGAAGUUCGAGAACCUCAAACCAUUGGCUCGCGAGCUCCGACAUGUUCUUUUUCCAAUUAGGGAUGGAGCGAUCUUCACAGGCACAUUCCACGAUAACGAUAUAAUGUACGAUGGGAUGAUAGAUGCAUUCAACAGAGCGAUAGACCGAGCCACACGACUUGUCUACAUCUGGAGGAAGCCUCACCGCGAACAUGCCGUUAAGGUCGGCCGCCUGCCCAGUUUAGGCCCUCAUGGACAUCCUAAAAAGGCGCCGUGGGCGAUCCAAGUUCACGUCCAUGACUCACCUGUUUUUGGAGCAGCCGAUUAUGGCUCCCUUUGGUAG